AUGGACUCCAAUGAUCGGCCAGCACACUCCGGGCCGCGUCACCCGCCCGGCGACCUGGACGACAUUUUCGGCUCGGCCCUCAAUGUCGAGGAAAGCCUCCAGGAGGUCGGCUUCGAGGAUGGCUUCAAUGAUGGCCUGAAGGCUGGGCUCUUUGAAGGCGUGGACCUCGGCCUGGCCAAGGGCUUCCAAUUGGGUCGCGAGUUGGGCUUCUACCGCGGCAUCUCCCUCGCUUGCCGGCGGCAUUACGGCGAGGCCAUCACCCCCCGUCUUCUGGCCGCGCUGAACGCGCUCGACGAGCAGCCGGCCCGUGUUCCCCUGCAUGACCCGCAGGACCCAUCGCUACUGGAGGCCCUGGCGGCCGUCCGGUCCAAGUACAACAUCGUCAUGGUCCAGCACCGGGGACGUCUGCGCUAUGGCCCUGGCGAGAGUCCCAUGAGCUUCUGA